AUGCGACCGACCAGGCCGCUCUCCGCGAGCCUGCCCCCCCUCAUCAUGGGCACGGCAACAUUCAACUCGCAAUACAACGCAGACCCCUACGCUCUCCCAACAACCGAACUAGUCCAGCGCGCACUAAGCCGUGGUAUCCGCGCCUUCGAUACAAGCCCCUACUACGGACCCGCCGAAGAACUCCUCGGCCGCGCCCUCGCAACAAACACCGUAACAAACAACUACCCCCGCUCAUCCUACCACCUCCUCACAAAAGUCGGCCGAAUCGCCUCAUCCUCAUUCGACUACUCCCCAAUAUGGAUCCGACACAGCGUGAAACGCAGCCUGCACCGCCUACACACAACCUACCUCGACGUAGUCUACUGCCACGACGUGGAAUUCGUGACCCCCGCCGAAGUCCUGACAGCCGUGAAGGAAUUGCGCCGACUCCGCGAUGAAGAAGGCGUCCUCCGCUACGUUGGUAUCUCCGGAUAUCCCGUUGAAACGCUCAGCGCGCUGGCGGAAAUGGUACUAGCGGAGACGGGCGAACCGCUCGAUAUCGUCAUGUCCUAUGCGAACUAUACGUUGCAAAAUACCCGUCUCGCCUCCCUGGCUCUGCCCCGUCUUCUCGCUGCGGGCGUGGAUGUUGUUCCCAAUGCGUCGCCGCUGGGUAUGGGGUUGCUUCGUCGCGAUGGCGUGCCUAUCGGUUCAAUGGGUGAUUUCCAUCCUGCGCCGAAUGCCUUGCGCUCGGUUAUUCACGAUGCGGCGGAGUGUGCUGCGCGUCGGGAGGAGAAGCUUGAGGUUAUUGCGAUUCGAUUUGCGCUGGAGACUUGGCUCUGCGCUGGGUCGAAGGCUGGUGCGCUCGGUGCGCCGUUGGCGAGAGCCGCGGACACGGACCCUGGGUUUAUUUCCGUGGCUAACAUGGGGACUGGAAAGAGACUUGGUGUCAGCGUGAUGGGCGUCAGCAAUAUCGAUGAGUUGGACGAGACGUUGCGGGUUUGGCAUAGUAUUGUGGAUGGUCUGGAGAACUGGGAUGACGAGGAAGGCGAGUAUGAGGAUUUCGAAGGCAACAUUCGAUCUGUUGGACCUUCGACACCGAAUCCUGCCGCACUCGCUGGCGCGGUCCCUUCUUCUAUUUCCCAUGCUUCGAAUAUCAUGACACCCUCCGAAGGCCUGAUUACGGAUCGGGCUUGGUCGCAGUCUCGACGGGAGAAUAUCUUGCAGCUUGCGAGCGAAAUUCGGGAUGUUCUUGGUGCGGAGUGGAUUGAUUAUGUCUGGGCUAGUCCCUCGCCGGAUUUCAAGAACUCUUUGUCUGAGGAGCAUGUUGCUGCUGUGAGGAAACUGGAGGUGGAAGGAGAGGGAUUGUUGUUGCCUGUCACUGAUGCCGUCCAGACGGAUGCGAUGCUCACGCCGCCAUUGGAUGCGGAACGACGACUUGAAUAA